AUGCCUCAUCUACCUCCAGUCGAUACUGGCAAUAUGAUCUUGAAAACACGGUCCGGGGUUAGUGGAGUUCUUCAGAUCUCGCUGGGUACUUCAUUGCGGGCGAACGAGUGGACUAUUGCAUGUGAAAAUGGGUGGGUUAAAAUUGAGGGGGAGAAUGUGAUUGUUUGUCGUGACUCUCAAGGUGAUGUGCAGACUGUUACUAUUCGAAAUGAACGGACGGGCGUUCCUCCUGAGGUUGAAGCUUGGGGGGCGAGUCUUGUGGCUGGGAAAGUGGUGUCUGAGCAGGAGCCUGAGGCUGCAUUGGCCGAUCUUGAGUUGGUAAGUUGGGUUUCGAAGUUCGGAGGAUUGUAG